AUGCAGCGGCGGCGUUCCGAUGUGGUUCCGGAGUGGCUGUCCUUAAAAUGGUCCUACUUUCGUGCUGCCUUUGUUCAUAGAAAUGUGAAAGUGGCGCCCUUUAAGCCACACAGCAAGGCAGCCCAGUGUGUGGUUUGGAAGUGGCUGGCUGGCUGGGAAGUGGCCCUGAUCAUGGCUGUUUUCCGUACCCAGGCGCAGGCUGCGUCUCUGUCCCGCAGCCCAAAUGGCAUGCUGUUCUGCAUGACGUUGGCCUGGAGGAAGGUGUACAGCACUGCUGCCAAGCGAUCCUUUUCAGAGGACGGCGGCGCUUCGCCUUCCUACCUUUUUCCAACAAUUUUUGCAACACUGGCAGCUUCUCUGCUCGGCACGAUGGGAACAGCCAGUGCCGAGUCCAAGAAGAUGACUUCCGAGGAGGAGGUCAUGGCCGUGUUGGCUGACAUGGAUCUGUCGAAGAACCAAAAGAAGUUUGGUCCGGGCAACUCAAUGUAUAUUGCACCAGACAACCUGCGUCUAGUAAAGAAACUCAACGAGGGAACUUUUGGCCAGAUUUGGCUGGGGGAGCUGAGGGACGGCACCCACGUGGAGGAGGUGGCCGUCAAGCUACUAUCUGAGGAAUUCCUGGCCCGGGAAUGCCUGGCAGACCUCCUUAAGGCAGAGGCCCUCAUCUUUCAUCGCGUUUCCACCCGCUGCCACCAUGUGUGCCGCCUCUAUGGUGUGGCCUGCAAGGGCGAUCAGGUCUGCCUGGUCAUGAAGCUGUACAAGAAGAGUCUCCACGACCUGUUGCGAGAGAGCCAAGGUCACAUGCCUCUUGCUGACAUCCAAAAGUAUGGAGAGCAGGUGUGCAAGGGAUUGGCGGAGCUGCACGAGCAGGGGGUGAUCAUGCAGGACCUGAAACCUGCUAACGUGCUGAUCGACGAUCUUGACCACGCUGUGCUUGCGGACUUUGGGAUGGCGAGUUUCGUGGAGAGGGAGAAUGGGGCGUCAGUGGUGACGGCUGCGAAGGGCACGCCCUCGUACAUGGCGCCCGAAGCCUGGGACCCCAGACACAUGGGGGGCAUGUCCACCAAGACCGAUAUGUGGAGCCUUGCAUGUGUCAUCAUCGAGCUCUACACGGGCAUGCCGCCGUGGCAUGGGCUGGAGGUGCAGGCUAUUGCGGGCAAGGUGAAGGACGAGCAUCGGGUGCCACGUGUGCCUCGAGGCUUGCCUGCACCACUGGCCUCUGCCCUGCAGAAGUGCCUCUCCUUUGAUCCGGAGGAACGUCCACAGGCCAGGGAGGUGCUGGAGGUGUUCUUGUCCACCUGGGAUGUGCCCCAUGAAUACGAGGACGAGGAUCGCAGGUACGCCAAUGCAGCCCAGGGGUUCACUGGACCGCCGAUGAUGAUCCAAGGCUCCUACUGGGUGCCAGACCCGUCGGCGGCACAGCAGUGGCCCAUCAUGAUCCAGGGCUCACUGUACGUGCCGCCAAGCGAAGAGGAAGACCCGCCCAUGAUCCAGGGCUCCCUUUAUGUGCCCAGCGGCACAUUGCUGAAGAGGUCGCCAAGCCUGAAGCAGCUGCAGGAGAGCGACAAAGACCUGUGCAAGGCAGUGUCCAGGUUCGCGCAGAUCGUGGAGGCUGUCUGA